CAAAUUUUAAAUAUGUACUCGCACAAAUAAAAGACCAGUGAAAUAUAACAACUAUAAUUUUAAAGUAUAUUUUAUAAAAUACAUUUUGAUGUAAAUAACUAUAAUUAACCCGAUAAAAAUGAAUGCCAUUAAUUUUGACGACAUUAUUCUGGGUGACGAGAUCAGUAAGGGAAGCUUUAUGCAAGUAUAUAAAGCAAAAUGGCUCACGAAAGAUGUUGCUGUAAAGAAGGUUUACAUUAAUUCAAAUAAUUCUAUGCAAAGAGGAACCAAACAGCUUUUUCGUGCAAACCAUGAGAAUAUCAUAUUUUUACAUGGUACAUCAAUCCAGUUUCCUACCGUCUAUUUGGUAAUGGAAUACGUGGAUGGCGGGUCAUUCUACAACUUUUUACAUAUCGAACAGACAAAGUAUGAAUUGGAACAUGUUAUAAACUGGGCGCUCCAGAUCGCCAAAGGUAUUGGCUAUCUGCAUGACCAGGCAAUGGUUCAUCGUGACAUACGCCCGUUCAGUAUAUUACUAUGUGAUAAACAUCGAUGUGUAAAGAUUUAUGAGUUUUCUUGCGUAAGAGAUCUGGAUACCACAAUGUCAAGCAAUGUUGGCGAUGCCGCCCAUAUGGCACCGGAGGUUUUCAAUAACGUAAAAUACACCGAGAAAUGUGAUGUUUACAGCUUUGCCAUUACCCUGUGGGAAAUGCUAUCACGGAAAAAGCCCUUUGAAAAGUAUUGCAAUAAUUUAACAAUAUGUCGAAAAGUGGAAACGGGAGAACGACCGUCAUUGGAUGAAUUACAAUUUCACUGUCCCGACAAGAUUCAAGAAUUGAUGACAGACUGCUGGAGUCCCGAUCCAGACAAACGUUCUUCCAUGAAAGAUAUUAUUGAUGUGCUCAACGAUCAUCAGAAAGUGGUUGAUCUGAGCCUUUAA